AUGUCCGACGUCGCUCCCUUGAGGGGGAGUCAGCUGUAUGCUGAGGCGCUAGAAGCGCAAGAGGGUGACAGUAUAACCGUACGUCUCGCGACCGGUGUACGUGUCACCGUUCCUAAAGUUCCGUUGAACUUAGGUUUGAAGUUCUUAGACUUCAGUAGCGUUGAACGCUGUCUUGUCCUAGAUUUGGACUCGAGAUAUGAUCUAAUUCUCGGUAUGGCCUGGCCGAAACGCCAUGAGCCGUGGAUCGAUUGGAGAUCCAAAACUUUAGGCGCAACGCGCAAUGAUCCUAGCGAAGCUUUGGAGAGUAAUGAAUCCACCUUCGCUAGAAAACAAAAGUGCUAUUGGCGCGAGCCAUUAACUGAUUCAGUUAGUGUGCUGGACAUUGGAGUGUCUGAGUUGAUAAACUCCGAUGUCAACAAUAAUAGUGUCGAGCAGAGCUCAAUGACACUUAGUGGAACGGCACGUAUUCCGUUGAGUGAUACUCAAAGUAAUAUUGAGACACUGGAUGUCGGUAAUGACAUCGGCUCUCGUAUAGAGCAAGUGAAGGUCGAUGACCUUGUUAGUGAUAUUGGCUGUAAAUGCGAUUUACUGGAUGUCGGUAAUGACAUCGGCUCUCGUAUAGAGCAAGUGAAGGUCGAUGACCUUGUUAGUGAUAUUGGCUGUAAAUGCGAUUCACUGGAUGUCGAUAAUGACAUCGGCUCUCGUAUAGAGCAAGUGAAGGUCGAUGACCUUGUUAGUGAAGUCACUGGUACUAGUGACCCACUGUGUGUCGGUAAUGACAUCGGCCCUCGCAUAGGGCAGGUUAAGGUCAAGGAAUCUGUUGACCUUGGGGACGAUAACAUCCCAAGUACUUUGAAGAGUACGGUCUCGUCAAGGAGACGGCAGCGUCGUCAGAUGGCGGCUGCGAGACGCAAAGCGUCUGUUUUAUCGCAUAGUAAUGUCAAUGACCAGUUGUACACCCUGGUCAACGGAGUGACAGGUGAUGUAGAUGGUGAGGUUGACCUUGAGGCCCUCCCAUCAUUAAAUGCUCUUUUAGAGCUAGACGAAAUGUCUGUGGAUGAAUUUCAUCAGGCCUUGAAGGCAGGUGCUCUAUCCGAUAUGGUGGUCAUUCGACCUAACCUCGAGUUGAACUCAUCCUCGCUUGUCGAUGAGACAGUCCUUGAAGAUACCAAAGCGGCACUAAGUGCACGUAGUGGGGCAUUUAUUCUGAAAAACCCUUCAGAUCCCUACUAUCCUUUGGUAAAGGAAUUCCAGGACGUGGUGUGUCACGAUCCACCGUCGGUUCUACCACCUGAUAGGGGCGUACGUCAUGAAAUUGACUUGGUUCCCGGAACCAAAUACUGUGUAACACGGCAGUGGCCUUUACCCAAAGAACAGUGUGACGUCAUUGACGAGUUCUUUCGUGCAAAGCACGCGGCGGGCAUGGUGCGUGAGAGUAAAUCCCCGCACUCGACACCCACUUUCUGUGUUAAGAAACCAAAUGGUAAAUGGCGUAUUGUUCAUGCUUAUAAUAAGCUCAAUGCGGCCACUAUACCUGCACAGACACCGAUACCUAGAAAGGAUGUUCUUCAGAACAAUAUGGUCGGUUGUACCAUGUACAGUGCGCUCGACUUAGUCGAUGGUUAUUACCAAUUGCUCAUGCGAGCUAGUGAUAUUCCGCUUACUGCUGUUAGUACUCCGAGCGGUAUGCUCUGGGAGUGGUUAGUGAUGCCCCAGGGGCUAUCUAAUGCUCCGGCUACGUUUAACCGUUUGGUGACGCAAUUGUUUCGACCCCAUCGAAGUUAUGCACAGACGUAUUUUGAUGACAUUUUUGUCCAUAGCCGAGCUGAACAUGGGCGGUCAGAUAUUGAGAACCAUAUUGUUCAUUUACGAGCAGUGCUCGAGUGCAUGCGCACUAAUAAAUUAUAUGCUAAAGCAUCUAAGUGCAUCUUCGGGGCCGAAGAGAUUCCCUUUCUAGGGUGCUUCAUUGGGAAGCGGGGCCUACGAGCGGAUCCCGCCAAAGUCAAAGCCAUAGUCGAUUGGCCUGUUCCACAGUCUCAGAAGGACUUGCGUAAAUGGCUUGGCUUUGCCAAUUACUUACACAAGUAUAGCGAGAAUUACGCUGAUAUGGCUCGGCCGUUAUCCAAUCUCCUUAAAAAGGAUGUGGAAUGGUGUUGGCAUGCUCAACACGAAGAUGCUUUUCAAGCGGUGAAGGCGAGCCUUCUACAUGCUCCUAUUUUGGCUUUGCCAGACCCUGACCGACCGUUUAGCGUCGUCUGUGACGCAUCGGACUUUGCCAUUGGCAGUGCUCUGUUACAAUCAGAUGAUGAAGGCCGUGAGCGUGUAAUCGCUUUUAAAUCUCGCCAGCUGAAAGCUGCAGAAAAGAACUAUCCAGUUCAUGACAAAGAGCUACUUGCGAUGAAGUAUGCCCUGGUCAAAUUCAGAGUUCAUCUGCUGGGCUCAAAGCCUUUUGUGAUCUAUACCGAUCAUGCGUCGUUACGCACUGCGACUCAGUCUUCCCAUAUCUCGCAGAGAAUGGCCAGAUGGCUGUCAUUCUUUGCCGAAUAUAAUUUUGAGGUGAAAUAUAAGCCGGGCAAGCAAAAUGCUUUGGCUGAUGUGUUGUCACGCAGACCUGACUAUGAGCUUGCUCAUGUGACGAUGUUGUCGUCUUCUAUCACCGAUCUCAUUCGUACGGCGUAUGCUAAAGAUGAUAACUGUAUAGCGUUGCUACAUGCUCUUGGCAGUGAGGAAUUAAAGACUCGGACAUUAAAUUAUGUAGCGAAUCCUCCGCGUAUUGUAGUUCCUCAUGACGAGGACCUGAAGCAUCGUAUCCUCUAUGAGGUACAUGACACCGCCAUCGGUGGUCAUUUGGGUCGUGAAAAGACCUAUGGGGCAGUAUGCCAAAGUUAUUGGUGGCCCAAAUUAUACAAAUGGGUGAGUACAUAUGUGCGCACGUGUAAAACGUGUCAACGGGUGAAACCCUCGCCCCAUUCGGCAGCGCCGCUGGCUAGCUUGCCUAUUCCCACUGGGUGCUGGGAGUCCAUUAGUAUGGACUUUGUAUUUAGCCUACCGAAAGAUUCGCAUGGCAAUACAGGUAUUGUGGUCUUUGUUGACCGUUUGAGCAAGAUGGCUCACUUAGCGGCUGUGCCAGAUUCGAUCGAUGGUAUGGGUACAGCGGAGCUGUUUAUCGAUCGGGUGUUUCGCCAACAUGGCUUGCCAGUGGCAAUUGUUUCUGAUCGUGAUCCUCGUUUUACGAGUAAAUUUUGGAAGUCCGUCUUCCAGGUGCUGGGCACUCGUUUGGACAUGUCCACGGCGGAUCAUCCGCAGACCGAUGGUCAAACUGAACGCAUAAAUCGCGUUGUUGAAGAUAUCCUACGCAGCGUUUGUGCUGAAACGCCUAAGCGUUGGAGCGCUAUGCUCCCUGUAGUUGAGUUUGCUCUCAAUAACUCCGUGCACGCCUCCACCGGCUACACUCCGUUCUAUGUGAAUGGUCUUACACACCCACGCGUUCCGUUAACGCUACCACCGAGUGGUUCAGGGCUUGGUGGGGGAGAGGUUGCCGAUCGGCUUGCUGAUGUCAGCCCUAAUACUGUUAAGAAGCAGUCAAGAUAA